AUGUCCCGGUUUUCAGUUUGCGGAAGCCAUUGGGUAAGUGUGUGGUCUGAUUUGGAUCAAAUACGCAUAAAAAUAGGGCAGCUUGUCCUGCGCCACGAGAACUGCCUACUCUGCCACACAAGGCAGACCCAUGGCUUGGCCAUUUGCAGGCGCAUUGAGCCUUAUGCGCCAAGUAUGUCCGACACGCAAUCACUUCGUGGACAGGAGGAAGAUGUUCUUCACGCGGCUUUCCAGCCUUGGCUAACUUAUAAUAAUGGGGCAAAUAAACAUCACGUACGAUGUAUGGACAAUAGAACUACUCUACCAGCAUCGCUGAUGCCGUGCUCAUAUUGGAGCCCUAUAGCCUGGUUGUCGCCUACUGCUCUGUGUAUUACUGCAUUCUUCAUGGAGCCUCAAAAUCAUGAUUUUUCCUUUUUAACAUAUUUAGAAAAGUCUGGUGUGUUCGUCAUCUCGGGUUAG